CAAGGAAGUAUUUAGAACGAGAUCUGUUUUAAAAGGAUGUUCAGACCUGUGACUGGCACUGCUAAGUUACCGUGAACAAAGGAAAAAAUCAGGAUGUUUUUGGAAAUGUAGCAAGUUCAUAUUGACUGCUGGACUUGCAUUCCUCAAGUGAUGGCAGUAUCCGGACGUAAACUUACCGACUUCCCUGGAUCAAUGUCCAGUCGCUCAAAGGAUCACAAAUGUGACCCAUGUUUGACCAUCGGUCAGCAUAUCAAAGCUCAUGGAUUUUGUGUGGACUGUCAGGAAUGUUUAUGCAAGAACUGCUUUGAAUGUCACCAGAAGACAAAGGCCUCGAGAGAUCACCAACUUACUGACAAUAGCGAUAUAGACAAUCAAUCAGUUUUGGAUCGAGCUUCAAAUGAGUGCACUGAAAAGUGUCAUGUGCACAAGAAAGAAGUUAUAAAAUUCUUCUGUAAGAAUCAUGAAGUACUUGGCUGUACAGACUGCAUGACUAUGGAUCAUAGGACAUGUGACCUUGACUACAUACCUGAUACAUGUGCAGGUAUUGGGGAAAGUGAUGAAUGCAGACAGGUUUUGAGAGAAUUGGAUCGGAAGGUGAAAGAAGCAGAGAAUAUUAUUCAACAGGCAAACAUUAAAAGCAGUCAAUGCGAUUCUUCCCAUGAAAACGCCGCAAAAGAAAUAAUUAAAUUCAGAAAAGAGAUAGAUGAUCAACUGGAUGAAAAACAGAAGAAAAUGGAACUUCUUGCUGAUGAAAGGAAGUCUACCGAUAAGCAAAAAAUAGAGAGAGUACUUGAAACAUGUACAAGCGUUUGUUCAGAAAUGAAAGAAGUUCAGACAUGUCUACAAGAUAACACAGCUGCAAAACAGGAUGCCCAACUUUAUAUCACCAUAAAGCGUGCCAACUCCAAGAUAAGCUCAAACGAAAUUAAAGAUGUUAAAGAGGCUUUAGAAGAUACGACUGUCAGCUAUGUGUUUGAGCCCAGCAAAGAUCUACAGAACAUGCUGUCGGGAUUAGAUGACUUUGGGAUCCUUAACUCCCAAAGCGCUGGUUUACCGGCAAAGAAGGCACCAUUUAACGAACUGACCUUUCCUCGGAAUAUUAAAACAAAAUCAAGAAGUUACAUCUCGGGAUGUGCUGUUCUGGCCAGAAAAAAUGUUUUACAGGCAGAUUACUGCAAUUGUACGUUUAUUGUCGUGGACACAGAAAGCAAAGUAAUAACAGAGGAAAAAUCAUCUGACAAUUAUAAACCAUGGGACAUUGCCGUACUACCUCAGGACAAGGUUGCUGUAACAAUGCCAAAUAGGCAGGAGAUCCUUAUAAUGUCAACUUCUGGUAAACUGUCAACUUUUCGCAAGAUUCAAGUGAAAGGAGAAUGUUACGGUGUAACGUAUGGUAAAGGCCACCUUUACGUUGUUUGCCGUAAUCCCAGCAGCGUACUUUCAAUGGAUGUUCAAGGAAAUGAUCAGAGGAAUAUUUUACCAUAUAGUAAAAGGUAUAAAAAUCUACGUUAUUGUGUGCUCAGUGAUGAUUCAAGUACAAUCUAUAUCAGUGAAUAUACUUCUCACUUAGUACUAAGAUUAACAGUAAAGGGCGAAAUAUUGUCCAUAUUCAAGCACGACGAUUUGCAAUAUCCAGAGGGAAUGGUAAUAUUAGAUGAUGGAUCAUUGCUGGUAUGCAGCUAUGGCAACGGCACAAUUCUACAUAUUUCCGGGGACUUGAAACAGUGUCAGAAGGUAGCUAGCGUAGAAAAACCUCAAUCUAUAUGUUACAAUCAUCAUCAACAAGAGAUAUAUGUCUGUACCUGGAGCUGUGGGCUGCUGGCAGUUUUAAGUCUGAAAUAAUAUACUCAGUGGACCAGAAUGAAGAUGCUAUAUUUUCUAGCCCAAACAUAACCAACUAUUUUAUAGAUUUUGUGAAGUAUUAAUGAAAGAGGAUGACAGAUGAGUGUAGCAAAAUAUUGUAUUUUAUGAUUAUUCUAAAUUACGACCAAUGGAAAGUAUUUCCAUAUACAGUCUAGUUUUAAGAAUUCCGCUUUAGCCGGCGUGAGAGGUGUUGCACAUUUCUUAGUUCUGGCUACCAUAACUUAACUGACGAUAUUUUUGUUUUUUUGAUGGUGGCGUCAGAGAUCCGUGACUGUAUAUAACUAUCUCUGAGCUGAAAUUUUUCAGCUUUACCUUUCCUUGCUUCUCAUUAAUAAAUUCAGUCUGUUAUUGUUGUGCUUGGUUGUAUUCUAUUCUUGCAAUCCUUUUAUGUAUUAUUUACUGAUAUCAUUUAAAAUUUGAAUGUGUGAUAUAUGUUGGAAUAUGUCAGGUUAUGGUAUAAAAUGAUAUUUAAAGCCUUAGAUUAAAAUAAGCAUAACUUUUCUUCUCGAAUGUGUCAUAUUUUCUUGCAACUAUAUAAGUGAUGAUCAUGUGAAUGUUUUUUGCAAAAUCAAAAUGAGUAAGGUUAGAAUCUUUUCUUUUAGUUGUGUUUAUUUAACUGUGUACAAAAGUGCAAAUAAAGUAUCACCUAUU